UGUAGGUCACCAAUAAAGGUGGGAAUCCAUACAUAUACAUCUUAGAAGGUUUGCCAAGCAAAGGAGAGAAAAGGAAGCAACUAGGAGUGCAUGUUGCAGCCAGCCGUGAAGCACAUUUUCCAUAUUUCGCACGUGAAACAUGCAGCCAGUCGAGUAGCUUCUCUUGCACACCUCUCUUAGGAGCUUCAUGCACGUUGUAAACAUUGCUGUAGAUUGCUAGGCACGCUUCUCUUCACCUAUAAAGAGAGGAACAUUCCUUUGUAAAUUUAACUUGAAUUGAUAUAGUGUUAUGUUGUUGAAGUGCAUUCAACCACUUUCUUCGGGUUCAAAACUUAGAGCUGCUUUAGCUUGUUCUUCCUCUAGCUCCCUUCCUGGAAGGCUAUAUGAGUUAGAAACUCCACACACUCACAUCCAAACACCGUGAACCAUUUUCACAAACACCUUGCAUGCGCCACUCAUCUUCAACCAAAUCUUCAUUCCGCUGCCACUUCUGGAUCAAGGAGCCGCUCACAUCUUGAAGAUUGAGGCUGCUUCUAUCAUUUGGCAGCAAGAGCCAGCACGUCCGCCCCUUGCUUCAAGAGCUAAGUUGCUCUUUCCUUCAUUUUCUCCACUUCCGUAUUGUGUUGUUCUCUGUCUGCAACUGUUUGAUUUGUUUUUCUUCACUUCUGUGAUUUGAUUUCGUGUUUGAGUGGAUAUUUGUUUUCGUUCACUGUUCCUUAGUGUUUUUAUUGAUUUUAAUCGGUUCAAAUUCAUUGUUUGAAGUCAAUUCAGCUUUAUUAAUCAGUCCUAGGUUUGUCACGGUCAUGUGCAAAUGUUUUUUGCAGUUUUACCUCUGUCACGGUGUUUGAUUCUGUUCAGCUGCAAUUUUUUUUUCGUUUAAUUUAAGUCCAGUGCAGUGAUAGCAAUCCAUGGAUCAUACAAAGGAACAAGACACUGUCUAGCUUUGAUCACAUGAGCUAAAGCAUUAAAACCAUUCUCAAGUCCAGGUAGCUUGCUCCAAAGGGGUAGCAUAUUAGGGAGUGGAAGACUUGUUAAAUUGGCUACAAGCUUGCAACUCCAAGAGCACUUUUCCUUGCUGGUCCAGCACCAAUUUCAGCAGCAAAACACACCAUUUUUGGCAUUCAACCAAUCUGAAACCACAGCCACACUUGGCCUUGUUCAAUUGUAAACAUUUUUUUUUAAUUGUAAUUUUGCGUUAUAUCACGGAACAUUUGCGUUUAAUUUUUCUUUUCCUUUUGAAACUUAAGUGGCUUGGGAAAAUGCUUUUCUAGCAAUUCCAAGUCCACCAUUAAACAUUGUAAUAGUCUAGACUCCACAUCUUAGUGUGAAAGUGUGUCAAGUAGCUCUAAGUGUCACUUGCACUUUCACUUAGGGCCGUGUCUCAUUCCUCCUCUUCAUUUUGCAUUCUCUCCUUACUUUUGCUUGACUGUUUAAUUUCUGUUUUACGUCUCCGUGAUAUCUAGGUGCUCGCUCAUAUAGAUAAACCUUCGUUUGGUUUCUAGGUGUAUCUCAUUCCUACAUUCAAAAAAGCUUUUGAAAGACUUCUACCUAGAAACUUGGGUAAGAAACGUCAGGAGAUACUCUGGCUAAGGAAGGACAAGGUUCUUAAGCUUGUCCAUUGUGACUCACCUCUCCUUCUUGGGAGCUAUUCGAUUUCUUUUACCUCUAGAAUCUUUUUAGAAGUCAUUCAUGAAAAAUCUAAAAACAUUCUUUGAAAAGUUUUUGACUCUAUACUUGUUCAAGCCUUUCAAACUCUUGUGAAAACCUUUUCUCUACUUCACAAGUAUGAGUCAUUCCAGCGUUCAAGGUACUCUUCAUAAUGAUCAGGAGAAUAUACAAUUGAGAGAGGAGCUUCAGAGAACUCAAGCUCAACUUAACAGGACUAAAGCUGAGCUUAAUCGAACUCAAGCUGACUUCAAUGAGCUCAGACAGAUGGUCACUAACCUCACUCUCAAUCAGAGAGGUCAAAACCGUGAGGAGCACUUCCACAGGCAACACCAUGAUCGUGGUGAUCAAUUCCAUUAUAGUGAUCAAAAUAAUGCUCAUCAUUAUGAUCACUGUCAACCACCUCCUAGGAGACACCACAACCAUAGAGACCAUCAUGUGGAACCCAAACUUGACCUUCCUCCCUUCUAUGGCAGAGAUAAUAUGGAAGAAUAUUUUGAGUGGAAGAUGAAGGUUGAACAAAUCUUCGAGUGUUACCACAUAGAUGAUAGGAGGAAAGUGACUUUAGCCACACUGACCUUUCAAGGUGCAACUCUCUAUUGGUGGACCUCUAUAAUUAUAGAUCAAAAGAUGCAUGGCGACUACACCAUACAAUACUGGAAUGAGUUAAAGGCAACCUUGCAUCGAAGACAUGUUCCAGCGUACUAUGCAAGGGAGAUCAUGGACAAGCCCCAUCGACUCCAACAGAGAAACAUGAGUGUCGAGGAAUAUCGACAGAAAUUGGAAUUACUCAUGUUAAGAGCUGGAAUCAAGGAAGAAGAGAGAUUCACCAUAGCUAGGUUCCAAAGCAGCCUUAGCUAUGACAUCAGAGAUAAGGUAGAGCUUUUACCUUAUUUAGAUCUCAAUGACUUUGUUCAGCUAUGUGUGAGAGUGGAAGAGCAAAAUUGGAGGAAAGCUUCCACCAAAAGGACCUACCCUACUACAUCCACAUAUAGGAAAUAUCCUAAGAGGGAGGGUAGUCCAGUGAGGUAUUCAAAAUCUCGCGACAAAGAAAAAGAAAAAGAGAAAGAGAGAGUGAGAGGAAAAGAAAAAGAAAAAGAGCGAGAAAGAAUUACCUCUCACAAAGAAUCUUCAAAAGAAACAAGGGGUAGAGAGACCAAAUGCUUUAAGUGUGGAGAGAGAGGACAUUAUUCUUUUGAGUGUCCUCACAAACGGUCUACUUAUCUCUUAGACCAUCAAAGUGAAAAUGAAGAUUCUUCUAGUGACUCAGAUACUUCUAUAUCUGAGGAAGAAGCCUUACCUUGCGAAGGAGAGUUAUUAUUGGUAAGAAGACUUCUUGGAAGUCAAUCCAAAGAACUAGAACAAUCACAAAGGGAAAACCUAUUUAGAACAAGAUGCAAAAUCUUUGAAAACACUUGUUCAUUGAUUGUGGAUAGUGGUUCCUCUUGAAAUUGUUGUAGUUCUAGAGUGGUGAAUAAGUUAGCCUUACCUACUAUUCCUUAUCCCAAACCUUAUAAGCUUCAAUGGAUAAAAGAGGAUGAUGAAAUAGUAGUGGACACACAAGUAAACAUACCAAUAUCCAUUGGCAACUAUGAAGAAACAGUUUUAUGUGAUGUUGUUCUAAUGGAUGUUGGGCAUGUUCUACUCGGUAGGCCAUGGCAAUUUGAUCAUAAUUCCACUCAUGAUGGCUAUACCAACAAAAUAACUUUCCUCCAUAAAGGAAAUAAAAUCACAUUGAUUCCUCUUACACCUGAACAAGUGAAAGAGGAUGAGAUAAAAAUCAAAGAAAAAUUGAAAAAGAAAGAAAACAAGAAAAUAGGUUGGAAAAGCAACCUUCUCAAGAAAAGAAGGAGACAAAGGUAUGCAUGUUGUUAACUUCUUCAUUAACAGGUAAAUACCUUGACUCUUCUUCUCCAAAACAUCACUUUUUUUCUUCUUUUUAUCAUGGGGA